CACAAAAAUGAAAAUAUAGUGAAGUUAUCGGUGAAAUAAUUUCUUCGAUUAAAUGAUUAUGUAAUGUUUUCAUACAGGACGUUGUCUCAGAAAAUAGCUGACUCAAAAACCCAAAGUCACAAAUCGAUUAUUAUAAUCCCCUGAGUGAAAGUGUUCCGCACGCGCUCACAGCCCCGCGUGUUAGUGGGGCUUUGAAAGUGGAAACUGGCUUCGUCACGUGAUCUCCCAUGGCAACCGGGGAAUGUCAUCGGCUCCUCGGGGGUAGACGCUCCGGUCCCGCUACCGACAGCGGCUCCGACCGGACUCGGGCCCGGUUUCCGACCGGAGAGCGUGCGCGCCGCUCUGGACCCGAACUAGCGGAGAGGUUCGGAGCAGAAAGCCGCCAUGAGUCACCUGAACAGCGGGCUUCUUCUAGCCUACAACAGCCUGACGGACAAACAUCUCACUGGAUACUUCAGCAACACUCGAAUCAGGAGACACCUGCUGAGAGCGGGCCUGAUCACCAGGAGUGGGCGCAUUGUUCCAGACAAAGAGUACAGACACCGACUGCUCCAGAGAGCCCACCAGAAGCACGUCCGAGAAUGCCUGGCCCAAGCCAUUUUCCACAAGGUGCUGGAGAUGGAGCGUCUCCACCGGACGGAGAUCAAAAAGAAACUGGAGGAGUUUACAAGGAGGGAGCGAGUGCACAAGAUCAAGGUGCAGCACUCUAAAAGGUAUGAAGAAGACGUGGUCCGCGUAUUGUCUCCCCACCCACCCACAGGUGUCCGAGGCCCCCGCAAAAAUGACUCAGGGCCUGAGGGGGAGCGCUCCGAAUCCUCUUUGUCUCCAAGCUCUUCUCGACCAAACACGGCUCCAGGAAAGAUGCAGAGGCCGGUGCGCCUGAAGCCUAUCCACAGCAGCAGCACCACAGCUUCAGUCAGACGCAACUCUCCUUACAGACUCCAUGAGUCCUCCCACGCCAGCAGCCAGCCCCUCAAUCGCACAAUGAACAAGGAGUCCUUCAGAGCUUCAGGCCCAAAGGAGACUUCUUUUGGCAUCUCACCCUGCUACCUUCCAGUCAUCAACAACUUUGUCACACCGAUACCUCCUGUCACGAAGAGGAAAGACAGAAGCUCCGAGAUCUCCCCGAGCAUCAGAGGUCGCAGACUGCGCAACGCCACUGCCUUCAGUGGAGCAGAGGACCUCCCAUGGCUGAGGAGCUCCAUCCACCAGAGUCAAGUGUGCAUGAACAUGGUGUACUUUGGGAAAACGGUGCAUCUCUCCCAUGACCUGCUGGACCUCAGGGAUGAGGUCAAAGUCUUUCAGCAGCACUGUGGAGGAGAGAACCUGUGCGUGUACAAAGGAAUGCUCCGCGAGGGAGAAACCUUCCAGUUUCUUUCAAGGCGACAUAGAGGCUUUCCCUUCAGCCUGACCUUCUUCCUGAAUGGGCUGCAGGUGGAACGGCUGAGCGCCUGCUGUGAGUUUAAAUACAGGAAAGGCUCUCGUCUCGGUGGGAAACACGGAAACUUUGGCUUUUUGGGCGUGGAAGGAGCAUCUCCGUGUUACAAGUGCAUCAUCGCGUUGGGGCUCGACAAAAUGCCCACCCCUCCUCCAAAAAGGCUCAAAGGAGGGAAGGGUCCUGAAGUACUUGCCACGAGCCCUAAAGACUCAGCAGAGGUGGAGGCGGACGGGGGCGAUGCUGCCUUUCCUUCAGAGUCUAGCCGAGCACAAAACACAGAGAAUCAAGACCAAACAUUCCUUGAAGAGGACAAAACCAGAGAAGAUUAUGAAGAAGACUUUGAAGCAGAUGAUGAAGCUGCUGCUGAAGAGGCGAAGGAAGACUUAACUCCAUCUCCAUCCUCCCAAACUGAAACUCAGGGGAAAAAGAACGAAGCCUCAGAAACUGAAGAUGAGAAGGAUGAAGACAUAAAGUCUGACUCAGACUCAAGCUUCUCUGACAGCGACCAAGAGGAAAGCGAUGUUGAAGCCAAAAACGAUAUCAAAGAGGAGGAGAACCCACCCAUAGCGGAGCAUGAGGAGAAAGCUCUCACCCCAGAAGAGGAGGAGGAGCAGAACCCAGAGGAAACUGCAGAAGAAGAGGCUGCUGCUGUGAACAGCGCUGCAGACAGCACAGAGGUCGAGAUCUCCGACCCCAGAGGCCCUUCAGGAAACGAGAUGAAGCUCAGCGAAGAGACGCCAGAGGAGGAAAAGAUGGCGGAGGAGUGCCACAACGAGGAGGAGCAGGACAGAGCCAAAUCAGUGCAGGAGAAGCUGGCAGAAGCCAUCCUGAAACAGUCUCAGUGCAGCUCCGAGCCUGAACUGAGCGACACCAGCACAGAGGAGGAGGAGGAGCACAGAGAUGAAGGCUCAAAGCAGGCCAGCAAAGAGGAGGAUCCUGAAGAAGAGAUGGUCAUGGAAGAAACCAAAUGUGAUGAAGGUGGCUCUGCUGAAGUGUCAGAGGAACAGAAAGAGAUUCCUAAGAUAGAAGGAAAUGAGGAAGAACCUCAUGAUGAUGCCAAAGAGGAGGAGACGUGUGAGGCUGAGGAGGGUGAAAAGGGAGCGGAUGAUGAAGCCACAGCAGAGAAAGAUGAAGCAGAGGAACAGAGUGAAGCUCAUCUUCCUGCAAAUGGAAAUGCAGCACCAGAUGACAAGACCACAGAUUCAGCUGAAGGAGAUGCUGGUGUGGAUGCAGAGAAUGAUGGGGAGAGGAAGGAGGAAGCUGCUGUGGAGACUGACUAUCAUCCUAAUGAGACGGAGCAAAGGCGGGAAAGCGGAGAAGAGGAUGAGUCAUCAGUUUCUGAGCAACCAAAGCAGACUGAUGAGGCAGCUGUGCUGGAUAAUGCGGAGGCGGAGGCAGCAGACGCGACAAUGGAGAUGAAAGCAGAGUCCUCGGAGAAGCAAGAGGCCCUCAGCUGUGAAGAGGCACCUGAAGCUGUCACAGAGGGGGAGGCGGACGCCGAGGAAGAAGCCGAAGUCACGGCCGAGAGCUCAAGCAACCAACCACAGGAGGAUGGAGACACCACAGCUCAUAGAACUGCAGAGGAAGGUGGCGGCGGUGAAGAUGAAGAACAUGUUUCAGGGGCUGAGACUGGUGCGGAACACAGUCAACAGGAAAAUGAUGAGCUGGAGGAGGAAAAGAUGGUGGGUGGAGAUGAGAAAACAGAGGAGCUGAAACCUGGAAAGGAAGUUGAGGAGGAGGAAAAACAAACAGAGUCAGAGGAGGUUGAAGAAGGUGUAAACACAGAGGAAAAAGAGAAAAGUGAAAGAAAAGAAGGGAGUAAUGAUGAAAGUACAGUUGACCAAAACACAGAAAACUCAGCAGAAAGUUCUGCAAAGGACACCAACGCAGAAGCAGAGGUUGAGGUGGAAGGGGAGAAAACUAAGGAGGAUGAAGCUGCAACAGAAGAAAAGGAGGAAGAACCUGAAAAGACUGGAACAAACGAGGGGAAUGACAUUGAUGAGAAGAAGAAAGAGACUAGAGAAAGUGAAAAAGAUGAAGAUGAAAGUGAUGGAGGUGAAGACAGAAGCUCUGCAAAUCUGGCUGCUGUUAAAAAAGACGACGGAGCAGAAAACUCAGAGAAAGAUGGAGGAGAGGAGAACACUGAACAUUAUGAAACUGAAAGAAGAGAAGAAACACCUCAGGUUAUAGAGGAACCUGAGCUAAGAGAAGAAAGCAAAGUCGAUGAAGAGCUCGUUCAAAUAUCUACUGAAAUACCAGCUGAUGUCCCCGCAGACGAGGAGGAAACAGCCAGCAUAAAUCAGGCUGAAAAUGUUCAAAAAGAAGAUGAAAAGGGAAAGAUUGAGGCCAAAAAUGAGGAGAUUGAGGCUCCUGAGGCCGAAGAAAACAGUUCAACCUCACAUGAAAAGGACAUGAAAACUGAAGGGCAGGAAGAAGAGGAAGGGAAAACAGAGGAGCCAGCUGAAGGUGAGGAUCCCGAGGAAGCUCCUGAAAAAAUGAAGGAUGAGGUGGUCCGUGAAACAUCCACUGUCGUCAUAGAAACCAGUGAAAAUAAAGGGGAUGACAGCUUGAAAGUUUAUGAUGAGUUUACCAAAAUGGGCUCAGAGGCAUCAGGUGGAGAACCAAAGGAACGUCCGGAUGAAAGCAGAGCUUGUGAGGAUGGUGAUCAGUCUGAUGCUGAUCAUCAAAACACAACAUCAGAUCUGACAGAAAAGGACAAAGACAUUCAUAACUUAACUGAAACUCAGGAAAACCCGGAUGCUGGUGAUGUGGGCGAAGCAGAAAACUGGCCUGAUGAAGAGGAGCAGGUUCUUGACGAUGCAGCGGGAGAUGAUGCUCCUGCUGCUGAUGGAGCGGACACAGAGGAGGUGAGCAAAGCCUCUGAGGAAGGAGCAAGUGUGCUGCUCAAACCACACUCUCAACACGGCGAGUCAGGUGACACAGGCCGGAGAGAAGCUGCAGAAGCUCCAGAGGUCUUUGCCCGAGAAGACAACACAGAUUUGGUCACGAGCUGGAUCAGCGUCCAUCAGACCUCAAAGUUUUUCCAGACGUUUGUUGAGCCUCUGGAUGAUUUGACAGAUGCAGUGGUUGCACCAAACUCUGAAAAUAAAGAAACAGCACCUGAGCUGCAGAGGUCUCAGAGUCCAGGGAAGCUGGAGGCAAAGUCUGAGGAUGAAGAGCACAAGCAGAUGUUUAGAGAUGAACUUGAGUUCUUGGAAGACGGCUCAGCCAAAACGACACGGCAAGUCGAGGAGGAGACCGAAGCCAAAAGCCCAACGUCACCAACUGAACCAGACGACAAACAGAGUCCAAAGGACAUAAAGUCAGAGGAGCUCCAAGGAAGGGGGGCAUCUUCUGAGGAAGAUGAGGCUGGACCAGCAGAAGGACAGCACCAGGAGCAGAUGGAGGUAAAAAGCACCUCAGGUUCUCAUCAUUCUGCCUCCACCAGCCAACCUGAGAACCAGCUUUCUGAAAAUGCCACAGGUCCUGAUGCCGCUGCUGUACGGACACCUGAAGCUCCUUUAGAGGCUGAAAAGAAUUCCCAAACAGAGGAAUCAUGGGAAAAUGCGUACAGUCGACAAGUGACCCAAAUCACUGAGUUCACAACUUCUGUGUCUGUUGAUGGAAGCAGAGAGGAGCCUAGAGAGGAGGGGGAAGAAAUCCAACGCAAAGGCUUAGAAGAGAGUUUUCUGAACAAAGACAUCCAGCAAACUCUACACGCAGAGAAGCUCAGCCCUUUCUCUGUGGAUGAAACGCUGUUUGCUCACACCUCAUAUCCUCUGCUGACCGAACUGUGAUGUUUGUGGCGAUGGAUGACCUCUGACCCCCGCCCUGGUCUUCCGUUUGUGUUUAAUGCUUGUCAAAGUCUCGCCACCACUCGUGUGUGAUCACCUGUAGCAGAAAUUUGGGGAUUUUUGCAACAAAAUCAAAGACACAAAAAGCCCCCCGUCCCUACCUUUAAAAGACUUUCACAAACUAAACUCAAUCAGUGAGACCUCACUAAUAAAUAUCUCAGACCAUUGCCCCGUAACUGUCAGCCCCUUCUUCCAUCAGCAAACCGACGUUUCCUUCCUGCUGGCGUUGCAUCAUCAACAGGAGACUUCUCCACUGCUUUCCAGGACUUCCAGUGGUGACUCCCUCCAUCUGGAUGGUGUCAUGACUUUACUCCACCUUCUCAGAGAUCCUGAACACUUUUGCUCCACUUUAAAAGAGGUCGCCUAAACCAAAGGCCAAUCCCCGGUUAGGCACUCGCACCAUUCAUCAGCACUACAGAAAGGCUGAGAGAAGGUAGAGGGAGGGCAAAUUCAUGAGACUCUUGAAGGUUUAAUUACAUCACCUGUAUGGGGGGGUUGCCCCACACGGGUGCUGCAGGUUUUUGGGUUGUCCAGUCUGUGGCAGGUCAUAGAGAGGAGCACCUUGAGGCCUUGAGGCUUGUACGGCCACCAUUAGGGACGUCCUGAAAAUGGAACGUACCAUUGUUGUGCAUGUGGUAAGUGUAUCGUCAAGUAUUUGUAAGGCUGCAUCACACUGGGCAUGUGAUGUUCACACUGGACUGUCACUAGUGGAUGUACUCACAUCUGGAAGAAGAGUCUUUGUGUGAAAUAUCAAAGCGGUGCAAAUUUGGUGAACCUUGCUCCAGGUUUUUUUUCUUCACAGCUCUUUUCCGAUAAAUGAAAGACUUGGUGUCGUAGAAUUCCAGCAAAUGCAAACGGCAGUUAAUAAUGCUUCCUCCAUGAUCUAUUUUCAAACUGUUGGUACUUCUGUGUAAAGAGCCGUCAUCCAUACGUCGCUGCCAAAUCUGAGUUUCGUAUUGGUCAAAGUUCAACUGGUUUAAUUUAUAACGGAUACACACGUUCACAUAGACUUUUCAUUGGAAGUGGUCUCCUGAAGCGACCACUUGCUGAAGGCGGUGUGUGUAUGUAGCAGUAGGCUAAUGGAUGUUGCACACUCUUAUGAUGUUGACGUGAUGGUGUCGUACGGUGUCCUUACGCCUGGUCGUUGGUGAGAUCCGAGGACUGGCUCCUUACUGACCCCAUGUAAUGGCUGCAUGCCCGGUGCGUGCACACAAACUACACUCUGAUUGGCUGAUUUCCUCAUUUCUAACAGUCAGGCUACAGCAAGGAGCGCGCACGUGUCAUGUGAACAGCGCUAGCGGACUCCAUGGACAGUCUGUCAGAUCUGAGAGGUUGAAAAAAUAAAAAAUCUGUACGACACACCUGCGUCUCCCCUACCUCUCCCUUUCUCACCCUUACUUAUUGUAUGAAUGUCCACUACGAUCUGUCGCUUGCAGCAUGAAUGUAGAAAAAAUGUUUAUGAGCAUUUAUCCCUACGGGUUCACUGAGCGGUCUACCACCAUUUACUGCAGAUCACCUGCGUGACCCGUACAGGUUUAACCAUUUUUCCCACGCAGACACCUGUAUCUGCGUGCAGCUGCCUUUAGCCCUUAAGGGCAGCUGGGACUAAGAACUAAGCUUAAAUGUUUGGAGAUCAGCAUUUUACCAGACUUUCUAAAACUGCUUUUAAUACUCAGUAGCUGUUGGUAAAAAUGUUUUUCUUUUGUUUCAUCCCUGUUUUAUUUCCCUACAUGUAUUAUAUCGCCCGUCAUAUUGUUGUGCUUUUCUCCUUUUAUUUUUCUUUAUAUUAUUGUAAAGCACCAUGGUGCUGCUGAUGCUGAUGUUGUAAAAUGCUUUUGGACGUCAGAGCCGCUCGGCUCAGAGGGACAUUCAGGGAACGCAGCGCCUUUUUAAUCGAUGGAAUUCAUCCCAAACUUCCUUUAUUAAAAAGAUGCGCUGCAGAUUCAGGUCUGACAGCUGCAUAAAAUGUUUACAACAGACCAACUCCUACUGUUAAUAACACUAUGGAGGUAUCGGGUACUGCUGCUAUCACUUCCACGUGGAACCAGAUGCCGCUCACGCUUACAGGUGACUGAAUAAUUCAUGGCUGGCGGACUCCCACGUCUUUAGUCUCCUUCUAGUACAUUUUACAUUUACACCCAUUGGAUCCUAGCACCCAAGCUUCUCCUGAUGCUCGUAACUGAAACUCCUCUGGACCAUCCCAGUCAGUCAGCGCUCUGACCGAGUUACUCGCAGGGGCGGAGCCUGAAGGGGGUUGUUUCAUGUUAACACUACCUCAGCUCAAACGUUGAUGAAUUAUGUAUUUUUAUCAUUGAUUUAAUGAAUUUUUAGUUUGUUUAGGUUUGUUGAGCUUCUUUCUUUUUAUGUAAUCAACAGCUUGUGUGAUUUGACCUAAAAAAAUAAAAGAAUAUUAGCAGA